AUGCAAACCAAUGAUAAUUUGAUUUUGGAAUUUGAAGCAUCCCAGUUUUAUCCGAAUCCGGGCCAUGGAGUUAAAGCUGUUUCUGCGGAAAAUCACAUAUCAUUUUUAUGGUUUGCUGGGAACAAGUCCUCUCUCAGAGAUGUCGCAAGCAGGUUUGGAGUUGGAGAGUCAACAAUACACAGAAAUUGUGAUAGAGUAAUGAAUUUUUUGGUCCAUAUAGCUCCUACAGUCAUCAAGUUUCCAAGAACUCAAGAGGAGAAAGUCAAAGCUGCUAAAGAUUUCCUAGAGGUUAGUGGGCGCCACCACGUGGUUUCCCUGGGGUGCAUAGAUGGCACUUUUAUCCCUAUAAGAACACCAGCAAAAAAAAUAAAAUCAACUUAUGUGAACAGGCAUGACCUUCCAUCUAUAACAUUGCAAGGAAUAUGCAGUGCUAAGAAAGAAUUUGUAGAUGUGUUUGUUGGACCCCCAAGCAAGUUGCAUGACAGCAGGAUUUUUCAACUCUCCUUUCUCUCUAGUGAGCUCCCAGCACUUUGUGAGAGUGAGUGGCAUCUGUUAGGUGAUGCAGCAUAUCCUCUGCGUGAAUGGCUGCUUACACCGUAUAGAGAUUAUGGUAACCUGACUGAAGCUGAGAAGGUAUUUAACAGAACCCAUUCAGGUUGCCGCGUAACCAUAGAAAAUACAUUUGGAAUUCUGAAGCAGAGGUUUCGCCAGUUGAUGCGUGUGGAUGUUUGGACUGUAGACAGGGCAACAAAGCUUGUACUGUCAUGCUGUGUCCUGCACAAUUUGUGCAUUCGAGGGAAUGACCUAUGGAAUUAA